CUUCUAGCCGGGAUUACCUUUCUCACACCUGUCACCACUGAUGUCCCCGCAAGGAUGGAGGACGAGGCGGUACUGGAUAGAGGGGCUUCCUUCCUUAAGCAUGUUUGUGAUGAAGAAGAAGUGGAAGGUCAUCACACUAUUUACAUUGGGGUCCACGUGCCGAAGAGCUAUAGGAGAAGGAGGCGUCAUAGAAGAAGACCUGGGCACAAAGAAAAGAAAGAAAAGGAGAAAAUCUCCGAGAACUACUCCGACAAAUCAGACGUAGAGAACGCUGAUGAGACAAGCAGCAGCAUCCUUAAACCGCUCAUCUCCCCCGCUGCCGAACGCAUCCGCUUCAUCCUCGGAGAGGAAGAUGACAGCCCGGCGCCUCCGCAGCUCUUCACGGAGCUGGAUGAACUUCUGGCCGUCGACGGACAAGAGAUGGAAUGGAAGGAGACUGCAAGGUGGAUCAAGUUUGAGGAGAAGGUAGAACAAGGUGGGGAGCGAUGGAGCAAACCUCACGUGGCCACCUUGUCCCUGCACAGCUUGUUCGAGUUGAGGACGUGUAUAGAGAAAGGCUCAAUAAUGCUGGAUAUGGAGGCCUCUUCUCUCCCGCAGGUGGUGGAAAUGAUCGUUGACAAUCAGAUCGAGACGGGGCUUUUGAAAUCGGAACUGAAGGACAAAGUCACCUACACGCUGCUCAGGAAGCACCGGCACCAGACCAAGAAAUCCAACCUGCGCUCCCUGGCUGACAUUGGAAAGACCGUCUCCAGUGCAAGUAGGAUGUUUACCAACCCCGAUAAUGGCAGCCCAGCCAUGGCCCACAGAAACCUGACUUCCACCAGCCUGAAUGACAUCUCUGACAAGCCUGAGAAGGAUCAGCUGAAGAAUAAAUUCAUGAAGAAGUUGCCCCGUGAUGCCGAGGCCUCCAAUGUGCUGGUGGGGGAGGUGGACUUCCUGGAGAGUCCUUUCAUUGCCUUCGUCCGGCUGCAGCAGGCGGUCAUGUUGGGUGCUCUGACUGAAGUCCCCGUCCCUACCCGAUUUCUCUUCAUUCUGCUGGGACCGAAGGGCAAAGCAAAGUCCUAUCAUGAGAUCGGCCGAGCCAUCGCCACGCUGAUGUCGGAUGAGGUGUUCCACGACAUUGCCUAUAAAGCCAAGGACCGGCAGGACCUGAUCGCUGGCAUCGAUGAGUUUCUGGAUGAAGUCAUUGUGCUCCCCCCUGGGGAAUGGGAUCCAGCCAUUAGGAUAGAGCCCCCCAAGUCUCUUCCUUCUUCAGAUAAAAGGAAAAACAUGUACUCUGGUGGAGAAAAUCUGCAGAUGAAUGGAGACACGCCUCACGACGGAGGACACGGCGGCGGGGGCCACGGGGACUGUGAAGAGCUGCAACGCACUGGCAGAUUCUGCGGUGGCUUAAUCAAAGACAUAAAGAGGAAAGCACCGUUCUUCGCCAGCGACUUCUAUGACGCUUUAAAUAUUCAAGCCCUUUCAGCCGUUCUUUUCAUCUACCUGGCCACAGUGACCAACGCCAUCACUUUUGGAGGGUUGCUUGGUGACGCUACGGAAAACAUGCAGGGCGUCUUGGAGAGCUUUCUGGGCACGGCGGUCACCGGUGCGAUAUUUUGCCUUUUUGCUGGUCAGCCACUCACAAUUUUGAGCAGCACAGGACCUGUCCUUGUCUUUGAACGGCUUCUCUUUAAUUUCAGCAAGUAAGUACAAG